CUCCACGUCGCCUCGCUGCACGUUCUCCAGUCCAUCGCUGCGACUUGGAGUAGGUAGAACAAGGUGUACUUGAACGUACACACAAUUGCACACGUCACUCGCAGAAAUCGUAGCACCUUUUGGCUCGUGUUGCGCUGUACAGCAGACAGAAAACAACACGAAGCUCAUCGCCAGUGACUGUUUGGGAAUAUAAUUACAUCUUGAACGAAUCAUCUUGAGCCUGAAUCACUACCCGAACUGAACAAAAUGCACAAAAAUCCGUUCGUCCCCCAGCCCUCCUACACGCACCACCAGCCGCCCCUUCCGCCAGGCCCUCCACCCGCACAACCUCCUGCGCAGGACUACUCCGCGUACUGGGCAGCCGCCGCGGCCGCGCAGGGUGCUGCAGCGCACCCCCAAGCACCUACGGUCGGCGCAUAUAACGCUCAGUGGCAGCCGCCUCAGCCAGCUCAGCCACCGCGUCCGACGCCGGAGCAGUCCGCGUUAUACGCGAACUACGGUUAUGGUCCCAACUGGCGUCCUCAGCAGCCUCAGGCGCCUCAACAUCCACCUCAGCCCCAAGCUCAGUACAUCCAGCCUCCUCAACCUACUCCUCCUGUCCCUCCCCAGCCACCAUUCAAUCCGUAUCAGCCUCAGGCGACGUACCAGCCCUACAUCCCCCAGGCAGGUGCCCCAUCCCAGACCUUCACCCCCACCCCUCCGGUACAACCGCAAUUCAACCCUCCCCAGCAGCCGCGCGCCCUGCAGCACUCGCCGCCUAACAGCUUCCCUCCCGCCAAGCGCCAGCGCUUCGACGGCAUACCCCAGGGCCAAAUGCGCUCACCCCAGCAGCAGCAAUCGCCUCCCUUCGGUGCACCCUCCGGCCCGUCGUUCCACAUGAACAACAACAACAACGGCGGAGGCUUCAACGCAGGACCCGGGCGCGGCGGCCCACCCUCCGGUCCCGCCAACCGCGGUCGUGGAGGCAUGAUGGGCGGCCGAGGCGGUCGCGGCGGCGGCAUGGGUUCGAUGGGGCCGAUGGGCCCCAAUCGUGGGGGCUUCGGCAACCGCAGCAUGCGCCAGCCGUUCAAUGGGAACAACAACAACCAGGUCCGCGGCGGGCCCCUCCCCCUUCGCGGCGCUGGGGGCCUGCGCGGUAACUUCGGCAACGGCAUGAAUAACAACAACCGUGGGGGGCGCGGCUCGUUCAAUGCUGGCCCGAAUGGUGGGAUGCGCGGGCGUGGCGCGAUGCAUGGGAUCCCGUCGAAGCCGCUGGGCGCGCGCGAUUCGAUGAACGCGAGCAUGACGAGCGUGGGCGGGAAGAAGGACGAGAACAAGCGCACGUUGACGGAUUUCAAGAUGAUCGGGUUCGAGCUCGUCGAGAUUGGGUGGGAGUGGGGCGCAAAACCGGCGCCGAAACCACCCGUGAAGGAGGAGGUUGAGGAGCCCGCCAGCGAGGCUCAGGAAGCAGAGUCAACGGCCAUGAAGGUCGAAGAAAACCAGGAAGAAGCGGAUGCUGCUCUCAAGGACCCGGAGGCACCAUCAUCUUCAGACAAGACAAAGACAAACGGUGUACCCACAGCACCGAGGGCCCUCCCUCCGCGGCCCGUGACGCAGUCCAUUCCUCUCCCACCAAAACCCGUAUUCGACGAGAACGCGAUACAACCUCCCGAGCCCGACGCAGCCAAGGCCAUACCCACUGGGCCUCGCGCGGACGCAGCUGCUUCCGUCCCUCCCCCUCGCAUCCGUCUUUACUUCCACACCCCAGCCGCAGCAGACCAGGGCGGGUCGUUCACCUACGGCUCUGUCUCCGACUCUCGCAAAGGCAAGCGCAAGAAGAUCGAGGAUGACGACGGCGACGACGCGGAGGACGAGCGCAAGCGGCCCCUGCCCCCGCACCUCGCGAACGGCUAUCGCGACGACCGGUCGAGCGUCGCCCCCAGCGCCGCAGAGGGCAGCGAGACCGGCGACUGGCUCAUGGCCGCCAUCACGGAGGGCACUAGCCAAGAAGGUCAAGGUUCCGAGGCCGGCGUGCCCAUGUCCGAAGAUGGCAUGAAUGGCGACGUGGGCAUGCGCGCGCCAGACGAAGUGGGCGAGAAUGGGAAUGGGACGGGCGAGCGCGCGUUGACCUCUGUUUCCACUGCCACCACCACGAGUGGGCCGACGGCCGGCGGAGAUGUUUUUGCCCCUGAUGCUACCGCUACUUCUGCGAAUGUUGCGAAUGCCCCGAUGGAUACGGCGCCCUCACUAGACGAACAGGGUGCUGAUCAGCCUAGGGGUACUGACGCGCAGGUGCCGACGGAGCCCAACAGCCCGGAGAAGGGCCCGGUGCCCAUGGACGGGGAGCCCGUACCACUCGUGCUCGGCGAGAGCCUGUCGGGCGACGCGCAGGACGUCGAGGCGUCGCAAGCGACGGAUCCGCCCGAGAGUCAGCUCGUCGAGAGCCAGGCGACGACGGAGCCGGAUAGCGAAGUAGGGGACAGCCAGCCUACGGACAACGCUAUUGACAUCGUACCUCCGACUGCACAACCCACGACGGAUGCGCAUAUGGCGGGCCCGGUCGACGGGGGACCUCUCGCGUUGACAAAGACCGACGCGCCUGUACGCACGCCAUCGGCAAAUCGGCUUUCGAUCUCGUAUGCUGGUGGUACAAGACGACUCAUCGUCGAUGCGGAAAGCGUGCAGCACCUCAAACUGUACCGCAAGGAGGGACGCAUGGAGGUACUCAUCAAUGUCGAAAAGGCAGGCGACGAUGUCAAGGGCAUUCUUGUUGAAUGCCUUACUGAGCCCGAGACGCUCUACCUCACUAUGCAGACCAUCACCGAGAUGGCGGAGAAGGAUCCAAGCAUACCGCCUUUGGCACGACUGACGAAUUUCCCUACUCAACUGACUCUGAUCGCGUACUUGGACACCGACCGCCCGUUAUCGGAGGCGAAGUGGGCAAGGACCGGCGACGUGCACGAGUGGCUGAAGAACAUGUUUGGACGUAUGUUCUGGGUAGCAGGCGGCGCUGACAAAGGCUGGGAGAAGCGCAUCGUGGUCAUGGACCCUGAUCCACUCCCGACAAUCGCGACUGUCCUUGAGGCCUGGUCAACGGGCUCUUCGGUCGGUACUCUCGCCGAGCGACAGCGCUUCCUCAAAGUGCACAUGAGCGACUCCGACAACAUCCUCGAGAUCCUGCUACGACUCGUCCGCGGAGAGCGCGCCGCAAACAGCACCCAGAAGCCCGACGGAGUCGCGCCCCAUAACCUCUCCGGGCCUCUCCUCGCAGCGCACAACGAGCACUCGGCGCACGCGAAGGAGCAGACCCACGUCUCGCUCUCCGUCAUCGCGCUCUUCCGUAUGACGCUCGAGUACGCGCGGAAGGCUGUCGGCGACCGGGCAAGGAAGGAGGUCGAGGAGCGCCUGGGCGAGAUCAUCAAGUGCAUCCCGAAUAACUUGGUGCACAAGAGCCUGGACGGUAUCUUCAAGGAGUGGAAGGGGGAGAAGAGGGGCAGGUGAUUCGAUCGUCAUUUCUUGUGCCGUGCUCGUUUGCGCUAUUUUCUUUUUCUUGACCUCUCUUUUCCUAUCCCGAAAUGCAUGUUAUGUUUCGUCGAAGCCACACAAAAACCCAUCCGCAAUUUGCCAAGCCUCAAUCACAUACUGUGCUUCGCGUCUGCGAGCUUA